AAACGUUCGCGGCCCACACAGCGAGCGUAAAAUGCGUGAGCAUCGGACGGAAGACGGGCGAGAGGGUGAUCACGGGCGGCGACGACAAGAAGCUGCUCCUUUGGUCCACCCACGACCGCGAGCCGCUGCUCAAGCUGAGUGGCAACACGAGUGCCAUAGAGAGCGCGCUGCUGAGCAGAUCAGAAGACCAGGCAAUAUCGGGCGUGCUCAGUGGCUCUGUGAAGCUAUGGGACCUCAACGAGGGCAAAGCCGUGCGCACGCUGACGGGCCACAGGGGGUCGGCCCUCACGCUGGACUUCCACCCCUUUGAGCCGUUCUUCGCAUCGGGCUCCCAGGAUUGCACUGCCCGCGUGUGGGACCCGAGGCAGAAGGAGGCAGUGCAUACUCUGAAGAACCAUGGCAAGGGCGUGGCGUGUGUGCGGUUCAGCCCGGAUGGGCAGUGGCUCAUGACAGGCGGGCAGGACUCGGUGAUCAAGCUGUGGGACGUGCAGGCGGGCAAGGUGCUGCACGAGUUCAAGCACCACCACGACGCCGUCACCUGCCUCACGUUCCACCCGCACGAGCUGCUCCUUGCUAGCUGCUCCAGUGACCGCACGUGCAAGUUCUGGGACCUGGAGACGUUCGAGCUAGUGGGGUCUACGGGUACAGAGGCCAGUGGCAUGCGUUCUCUGGCCUUCACGCCCGAUGGCCAAGCAUUGCUAGCUCCUUCUGCUGACUCUCUCAAGGUGUGGGGGUGGGAGCCCGUGCGCUGCUUUGACACGGUCAGUGUGGGAUGGUCCAAGGUAGCUGACGUCAGCAUUCACGGCGGCAGGCUGUAUGGCGCCUCCUUCUCGCACACCUGUGUCAGCCUGUGGCACGUGGACCUCAUGCAAGUGGCACCGUUUGGAUCUAGCGCCUCAGAGAGCACGGAGGAGGAGCGGAGCCUCUCAGGCACCACCAUGGGGCUGCCCCUCCCCGCCUCGCCCACCACCUCCAUCGUCUCCUCUACCGUUUCUUCCGUGUCAACGCCUGUGCACUCCCGUGCUCUGGGGUUUCAAGUCAUUGUCAUCAAGGUAAUUGUUCUACUCCUCUCCGCCUCUCCCACCACCUCCACCGUCUCCUCUACUGUCUCCUUCGUGUCAACUCCUGUCACCGUGGGUGGGUCUGCCCCUCCCUGCCCGACCCACCACCUCGACCGUCCCUGUGCACCAUGCUAUCACAGUGGGUGCCUGUGGGCUUGCCUCGGCCUGCCUCGCCUGCUGUCUCCGCCACCGUCUCCCCUGUCAAGCGCCCCUCCUUGCCUUCCACUUGUCACCACUUGUCACCACUGCUCACCUCACUCUCUUGUGUCCCUUCGCUCCUCCCCUCUUCCUUCUCCCCUCCCUCCACCAGGUGCAACUUCUCACACCAAUCGCUCUCCCCACCUCCGCUCCUCCCCCUCACCACAUCAGCAGCACCACCACCCCCAUCAGCAGCAGAACCACCAGUCCCCCACAGCAGCAUCCAUCCACCGCACUCGACACGUCUCUCCCAUCAAGGGCGAAAACACAGCAGGUCCGAGCCACAAGGCAAAUGCCGAGUCGACUCAAAAGCCAGGUCCGGACCACAAGGCAGGUUCGGGGAGCGCCGGAGGCGGCAGGUUCGGGUUUCGUGGUGGUGGCGGGGGAGUGGGGGCAGGAGUGGCAGGCGGGGGAGGGGGAGGGGAGAGCGCGGGGGUGGGGAGUGGGGGGGGGAGAGGGCGGAGAGUGUCCGUGGGAGGAGUGGGGGAGCAGUUGGGUAGGGGCGCUGGGUCAGUGAGUGGUAGGGAGGUCAGGAUCGGAGCGGCAGGAGGAGGAGGAAGGGGAGGGGGAGUGGGAGGAGGAGGGGCAGGAGGGGCGGCUGGGGGGGGAGGUGUGGGAGGGGCAGCAGGGGGUAGUUUCAAAGAAGUGGGGACAAGGAGAGGGCGGAGAGCAUCCGUAUCAGGUGGUUAUGCAAUCUCCAAGGGGGAAGAUUUCUCUUCCUCUGCCAGACGAGGGGAGGGGGCCUUUGGCAAGGGAACCAGGGAGGAGGCACAUGCACUCCACUUGGAAAACCCUUUUGAGACGUCUCAUAAGAUUCCUAGAGAAAACCCCUCUGGGUCUCAUAAGAUUCAAGCGUUUCUGGACGCUGGAGGGGUGGUUGUUGAUGUGACGGCACGAUCUGCACGGCAUCGGGUGGGGGAGGAUGAUGAUGAUGGGAGGUUGGGUGGGUCAGACGUGGGUGGUCACCAGUCUCGUAAGAUUCAGGAGUUUCUGGACGCUGGAGGGGUGACUGGGGCUGUGGUUUCACACUCUGCGCGGCGUGGGGUGGGGGAUGAUGGUGAUGGGAGGUUGGGUGGGUCAGACGUGGGUGGUCACCAGUCUCAUAAAAUUCAAGAGUUUCUAGAUGCCGGAGGGGUGACUGCUGCUGCUGCUGCAGACAGAAGUAACAAGGGCAGUCACGCAUGCGCAGGGGCCAACUCCUCUGCCUCGACUGCUCCAGGAGUAGAUACACCAGCGAAAGCAGCAGCUGGGGUAGAUUCAGAUGCCACUGUCACACCAACUGCUGCAGCCUCUGUGCCUACUCGGGUUCAGCCAGCUGGUGUGUCUCGUGGUACUACACAAGCAGGCGCAUCUGCUUCAAGCACAGACACAGGCGUAUCUGGUGCAGGUGGUAUUCUGGGAGGGAUGUCUGGCUUCGGCGUGACGUUUGACUGGAGCAGAGCAGUGGCGACUGCAGGAGGGGGCGCGGGCAGCAGGGCGGCUACAGUGGUAGAGGCGAUGAAUAAAGUGUCUGACUGGAUUGGGUCGUUCUCUGGCCUGGAGGAUAGCUUGGGAGGGGGAGGAGGGGGCAGGAAGGAGGGGGAAAGGAAGGAGGAAAAGAAACGAGAGGAGGGUGGAGAGAAAGCAGAUGUGCACAGGUCUGGGCAGGGGAAGGAGGAGCAUUCAACAACCCGAGAAUGGAGUCGGAGUGAGGACGACAAGUACAAGAUCCGGCCAUCUAUUCUCCACCCGCCUUACGCUGUAGAGGUGGAGGAAGGAGGGGUGGAGGGCACUGCUGGUGGGGAUGGGAGAGGUGGCAGUGACAGUAUGAGGCGGCAUGGGUCUGCCGGGGAGAGGCCAGCACAGGUGCAGUCAGCACAGAUGCAGCCAGCACAGAUGCACGUGCCACAAGUGCCAGCAGUGCAAGGCAGAGCAGCAUCUUCAGUGGGGGUAGCAGCACAACAACGGACAGCAGGUGCUCGACACUCAACAGCAACGGGAGGAGCAGCAGGAGGAGCAGGGAGCGUUCUGCAGUGGUCUAUGAAAGUGAAUGUGGACGAAUUCACACAGCCCUCUUUACCAAGCAAGCAGCAGAAGCAGCAGCAAGAGGCGGGGGGAGACGAGGAGGAUGACGAGAUGGUGGUGAUGGAGAGUGUGAAUGGGCGGCACACGGCCAUGCAGCACAUGCUGCAAGGGAGGCUGUCUGCAGUGCGCCACGUGGCAGCGCUGUGGGUGGAUGGCGAACUGCUGCCCGCCCUCUCCGCCCUUGCAGCCUCGAAAGACCUUGCUGUGGUGGCAGACGUCCUUGAGGUGUUGGCCAUGCAGGGAGGCAGGCGGCUUUCAUCGGUGGGCAUGGAGGGAGCAUUGCAGCUGCAGCCGCUGCUGCGGGCUCUGCUCGCCAGCAGCCACUCCAAAUACGUGGGAGUGGCGCUGUCGCUGCUGCGCGAGCUGCUGAGGGCGUUCAGUGAGCCCAUCACUGCUGCUCGCACCGCCACGCACUCCCCUGGGGUGGACCUGCAUAUGGAGGAGAGGGAGCUGCUGAGGGCGUUCAGUGAGCCCAUCACUGCUGCUCGCACCGCCGCGCACUCUCCUGGAGUGGAUCUGCAUAUGGAGGAGAGUGCCAACCACGCGGUCCCUUUUGCCUCCUCACCCAUUUCCGUCACUCCCCUCUUCUCACCUGCCCCUCUCUACUCUCCCCAUUUCCGUCCCCCACCUUUCGCCGUAAUUAUCCUCCUUGGGUUCAGCCACGUGGCAGUGGCCACGUCAGCAGGUUUCAAGAUAUUCCGCUGUGCUGACCUGGCGCAACCCGUCCCGCAUUUGUCGCCUCGAGAUCUGAACCUUGUUUCCAUCGCCCAUCCCAGCUUCCACAUCAUCCCCCCUCCCUCCAUCCCCCUCCCUCCAUCCCCCUCCCUCCAUCCCCCUCCCUCCAUCCCCCCUCCCUCCAUUCCCCUCCCUCCAUCCCCCUCCCUCCAUCCCCCUCCCUCCAUCCCCCUCCCUCCAUCCCCCUCCCUCCAUCCCCCUCCCUCCAUCCCCCUCCCUCCACCCCCCUCCCUCCAUCCCCCCUCCCUCCAUCCCCCCUCCCUCCAUUCCCCUCCCUCCACCCCCCUCCCUCCAUCCCCCUCCCUCCAUCCCCCUCCCUCCAUCCCCCUCCCUCCAUCCCCCUCCCUCCAUCCCCCUCCCUCCAUCCCCCUCCCUCCACCCCCCUCCCUCCAUCCCCCCUCCCUCCAUCCCCCCUCCCUCCAUUCCCCUCCCUCCACCCCCCUCCCUCCAUCCCCCUCCCUCCAUCCCCCUCCCUCUACCCCCCUCCCUCCAUCCCCCCUCCCUCCAUCCCCCUCCGUCUAUUCCCACCCCCUCCAGCCGCAUUUAUCCCCUCGGGAGUUGCAUCUUGCUUCCAUCGCCCAUCCCACCUUCCCACCGCCCUCCUCCUCUUCCCGGUCCUCCUCCUCCCCAUCUCACUCUCCUCUCACUCACCACCCAGACAGCUUCACUCACACACACGCUCUUUCCUCCUCUCCUUCCUCCCUCACCCCCCUCGGUACCCUCUCCUUUCUCACCAUCAUCACUGCCGUUCGCCUCAACCACUCCAGGCUACUAGUCCUCCUCGAGUCAAGGCUAUCAGUGCAUGACGUCACUCCCCAGGGCGUUGCUGCCGGCUUCCCUCUGCUGCUUUCCCUCACAGUCGCCCCGAACCCCAAUGGCAUCUGUGCUCUGAGCCCGCUCUCUCCUCGCUCCCUCUCCCCCUCCUCCUCCUGCUUCUGCGCCGUUCCUGCUGCUCCCCCUCGCCCCUCCCUCCUCUCCCUCACCUCGCUAACUUCCUCCUCUUCCGCCUCUUCCUCCUCCUCCUCUGAUCAAGGCUCGCUACUGCUAGUCGAUCUCAUCUCUCUCCAGGCCUUUGGCCAGGUGAGUCUGCUCCCCCUCCUCGCCCCUAUCUCCUCUCCCUGCCUCUAUCCCUCGCCUCCCUUGCCUCCUCCUCCUCCACCUCACCUGAUCAAGGCAGGCACUCUGCUCCUAGUCGACCUCAUUUCUCUCCAAGCCUUUGGCCAGGUGAGCCUGCUGCUGCUCCUCUCCCUGCCUCUGUCCCUCGCCUCCCUUGCCUCCUUCUCCUCUUCCACCUCAUCGGAUCAAGGCACUCUGCUUAUAGUGGACCUCAUUUCUCUCCAAGCCUUUGGCCAGAUCAGGGCUCACGAUGGGCCUCUCACAGCCAUUGCUCACACGCCUGCACGCAACACUCUGACUCCCGCUUUCCCUUCCCUGCCUGUUCUUUCCCCCUCACCGCUCUCCCAGAUCAAGGCUCAUGACGGACCGAUCGCAGCCGUUGAAAUCACCUCGCUGCUCCCAACCCUCCCAUCCCCCACGCGGCAAAAUGAGCCGAAUUUGCAAGGGGACGGAGAGGGGGGAGGAGGAGGGGAGGAAGGGGGAGAAGGGGGAGAAGGCGGGAAUGACGAGGGAGGACGGGGAGGAGGGGGAUGGGAGCUGCUGGCGUCAGCAUCUGCCAAGGGCACUGUGAUUCGAGUGCACUGCAUCCGGACAGGCAACAAGCUCUUCUCUUUCAGAAGAGGCGCCCACCCUGCUUCUAUCUUCUCCAUCUCCUUCUCCCCGCCAGGCUCUCUCCCUCGCUCUCUUGCUCUCACCAGCAGCACCGGCACUGCCCAUAUAUUUCAUCUCCCUCUCCCCUCCUCUUCCGCCUCCUCACACUCCUCCUCUCACUCCUCCCCUCACUCCUCUCAUUCUUGUCACUCCAACUUCAGUUCCUCCUCUUCCUCCUCCUCGUUCUCUGCAUCUGAUCAAUUCGGGAGCUCCACUGGCAGGAGGCACAGCGAUGUGACUGUGCACCAUGUGACUGUAGCGGGGGAAGAGAGCAUCUGUGCCAUGGCUGUCCACUCAACUGUGCCGCAGCAGGAGCAGCAGUUUUCGCUGCAACAGCAGCAACAAGAGCACCAGCCUCAACAGCAGCAGCAGCAGCAGCAGCAGCAGCAUAGGGGGCUUUAUCUGAGGGUUUUCACGUCCACUAGAUCCUUCAACGAGUAUUGCAUCUCAGCCGGCCAGCAGCAUGCUACUUAG